AUGUAUCAAUGCAUAGAUUUCGAAGCUUUGAAAGAGCAAGUCAGAAGGGAGAUGCUACAGGGGAAAGAAACCAAUAAGGUUGAUGUGGGUGCACGCAAGGAGCUAGACGGGAAGGAGUGCGGCUUGACGAAUGGCUUGAAGAAUGGCAUGAAGAAUGGCAUGAAGAAUGGCAUGACGAAUGGGAUGAUGAAUGGGGUGAUGAAUGGGAUGAUGAAUUGCGUGAAGAAUUACAUAACCAAUGGGAUGAAGAAUGGCAUCACCAGUGGCAUGAAGAAUGGCUUGAAGAAUGACAUGAAGAAUGGCUUGAAGAAUGACAUGAAGAAUGACAUGACCAAUGACAUGAAAAAUGGUAUGAAGAAUGACAUGACGAAUGGAAUGAACAGCGACAUGAAGGACGAUUUGACAAAGGCCCCGCAAAAUUGCUCAGCCAAGGAGCCUCAAGGUUGCCCAAAGGAGGGCAACGAGGACACUCGCUCGGAUAUGGUCAUCAGAACGAUAACCCCGACCCACCUGUACAACUACUUCCAGCAGUGGCUACACUAUGGAAAUAACAGAAGCCUGUUUCUCGUUGACCUUCAGAUGGAAAAGGAAUUCGAAAUGGACCAUAUCAAUAAUGCUGUACACAUAACAAACGAACCAGUAAUAAAGGAAAUGAAGAAAGAAAUCGCGUUGAAAAAAGACACAAAGGUAAUAUUUUAUCAUACUAGUGAAAAGGUGCAAAGACAUUACUAUUAUGAACACCUACUGUAUACCUACUUCGCCAAUGUGAAAGCUCAUUUUUAUUUACUAAAAGGAGGCUAUAAAAAUUUUAAAAAGGAAUACUUCUUUUUAUGUAUAGAGAAAAGUAAACCUAAAAUAAACAUAGCUUCCUUCAUCAAUUACCAAGCGUCUGCUAAUUACCCUGUAAAAUUCUGUAGCAACAUAUUCGUGGGAACACCCAUCCAUAUUACAAAUCCAUUCAUAACUAAACAUUUGAACAUAAAAUAUGUUUACGAUUUUACGGACCCUGGAUUUUAUUUCAGAAAUGUAGACGAAAUACAAUACUCGAGAUAUAAUGUGACAACCAGAAUUGUAGAAAAUUCAAAUAUACGCACAGGUGAAUGUGUAAAGUAUGGAGACCUUUUGGACGUCCGAAUGAUGUACGACGUUAUACAGAGUAUUCUGCAAAUUUUUGAUGUUCACGAAAAUAGAGGCACACAGGAUUCCAAGGUUCCAAAUGCAAAUGCAGAUAAGCAAAAGGAUGUUGAAAUCAGAACAUGCGAUAUGCAAAACUCAAGCGCUAGUGCAGAUAGAGGACCAUCACAAAAAAACGCAAUGCUGAAUACGCACAAGGAGGAAAAUACACAGAACGCAAAUUUACUAAUCAUGUGCAAUCAGGGUAUGUCAAAUCAUAAAAAGGAAAAGGUCAACAGCAUAUGUUUAGUAGUUGCCAUGUGCUAUCUUAUGUACACGAAAAAGUAUGACCCCAAUUUAACCAUUGCACAUGUCCUUAGGAUAAGAUAUAACAUUAGCAUAUGUGCUAAGACGAUGAGUUUUCUACACAAGUUCCACGCUAGCUUGAAAAGAUAUGAUUACAACAUGGACAUGUACUAUUCUCAUGAGAUGGGAAGAAAAAUGGAAAACAAAUAUAUAAGCACUAUUAACCAAACGAACGCUACUUCGAAUCAAAGCUGCAAAACUGAACAAACCCAACAGCGAAUAUAUAAUUAUUCUGAAUUCAUCGAAUUUAUCAAAAGCUAUAAAUUUGAAAACCACUAUAUUAUGAUGAACAAGGCAAAUGAAUACCUUCUGUCCAUAAAUAAUUUAUACCUGUUUGGAAAUAUGCACCUAAUGAGCGCAAUGAUGAAGGAAGAACGAACACACACUUUUUAUGAAAACAUUCUACACUCUUUACUUUUUCAAAUGCAAACAACAAUAGUGAUGUUGAUGAUGAAGAUAAUAAAGACAAUUAGUACAAAAUUUUUAAUUGUACUAUUUAUAUAUAGCUGCCAAAAUUAUGGAUGA